AUGGGCCAGGUGGAGGAGGAUACUGAUGAAGAGGAUUUACUCGGAUAUGAGGAGACGUUUGAUGAAGAAGCUGUGGAUGAUGACGCUAUCAGAGAUGCAGCUUCUUCAUUAUUGAUGGAAGUCACCUCAAAGAUACUGGUGCACUAUAAAGAUGAUAGUUUCCUGUUGUUUAAGUAUGAAAAAGAGGGUAGUAAUGAGGACGAAGGGUACACAGUAAUGCUAGAAGACCCCAAGCUUUCUAAUACACCAUGUAAUACGCUAAUGUCACAAAUUCGUUCUUUUUUAGAGAGACACUACAACAAAUUGAUGUUUAACAGUAAAGAGAUACUAUUGGAUAUCCCUGUGCUGGACAUAACCAUCAAUGAAGACAAUAUUUACAAUAAUCAAAUUUCUUUUGCUGAUAUCCAGACAAUUUUCAAGAUCUUAAAGGAAAGAUCAGAGAAUAAUCAUGAAAUGGAGCUGCCAGAAUGCCUGGAGGCAACGAUUACUUUAAAGCCAAGAUUUGUAUCGCGUUAUAAUGCUCUUGUAGAGCUCACUGAGAGUUCGGCCACACUCAGUAAUAUUAAACCUUUCUCUAAUAAUGAGGACAACCCCGUCAUAUUAGAUGAUACGGCGUCAGAAGUAAUUGUGAUGGAAUUGGAUGAAAACGAGCACGCUAAGGCCAAGAACACAGAAUCAAAAAUCAGUAAUAUCGAUUCUGAAAGUGACGAUGAAAUACUAGAAAUAGACGUAGCUGGAAAAUAG